AAGUUCCAUAGGGCAAGGACCAAGUUACAUAGGGCAAGGACUAAGUUACAUAGGGCAAGGACUAAGUUCCAUAGGGCAAGGACCAAGUUACAUAGGGCAAGGACUAAGUUACAUAGGGCAAGGACCAUGGCGGGCUGUCAAGGGGUGGUGUCUGUCAUCCUAAUUGUUCUGACUCUUCUGGUCAUCAGCUACGCCGCUAUAAGUGCAAACUGGGCGGAUACCAAGCUGGUAAGUACUUUAGUCUUACACUUGUAAGUACUUUAGUGCUAGGCGUGUAAGUACAUUAGUGCUAGGCUUGUAAGUACUUAAGUGCUAGGCUUGUAAGUAAGUGAGUGCUAGUGAUAUAACAUGCUUGUUAAUAUAUGUUUUGAGUACAAGGAUUGAGAUUAGGUUUGUAAGUGCCAAACUUUAGUACUAGUGCUGAUAACAGGCUUCUAAGUGCUAGUCUUCAGUGCUAGUGCUCAUCGCUGAUACUUGCAAGUACCAUUGAUUAGUUCUAGAUUUGUAAGUACUAGUGUUUAGUACUUGUGAUGUAAGUACCAAUGUUAGUACUAGUGCUGAAAGUACCAAUGUUAGUACUAGUACUGACAUGCGAUCAUGAUUUUUAAAAAGAAGAAUGACAAAACGAUCACGAGAGUCUUCGGCUCAAGACUAUAAAUGUUGUCCGUUUACAAGGUCUUGGUAAGAGUAGCUUCAUUAUUACUAAGUAGAAAUAUUUUAUAGCCAAGUGUACGAGUAUUAUGACCAAUGGCUGCUGGUACUCUUGCUAGUAAGUUAGAUCAACAUUUUUUUUCUCCGCGUGUGUCUAAGACAAAUAACUGUACGUGUGUCCGAGACAACUAACUCUUCCUGUGUCUGAUAAAACUAACUCUACAUGUGUCUGAGACAAAUAACUCUACGUGUGUCUGAGACAACUAACUCUUCGUGAGUCUGAUACAACUAACUCUACGUGUGUCUGAGAUAACUAAAAAAUAUGUGUCUGAGACAACUAACUAACGAUGUUAUUCGAAUCUUCACAAGUCCUAACAAUUUGUUUAUAUUCAAAUUUUCGCUAAAAUAAAAAAAAAACAGAAAAAAACAAACUUUUCUGACCUCCCUAAACCCUAUCUAUUUAAGAGACUUUCUCCACCUCCCACAUAAAGCACUGUGGGUGCUAUCACACAGUUUUAGAAUCAUUGAUCCAACCAAAUCACAUUUGAUUGACAGGUGGACAAGUACAUCGAACACGAGGGACUCUUUUUCAGAUGUCCCAAGUUUGGCGAUUGUGUUAAUGUUAGUGAGGAGAAAAGUAAGUUGAAUCAUUACAUGCGUGUGUAAGUUGAAUCAUUACAUGCGUGUGUAAGUUGAAUCAUUACAUGCGUGUGUAAGUUGAAUCAUUACGUGCGUGCGUAAGUUGAAUCAUUACAUGGGUGUGUAAGUUGAAUCAUUACAUGCGUGUGUAAGUUGAAUCAUUACAUGCGUGUGUAAGUUGGAUCAUUACAUCCGUGUGUAAGUUGAAUCAUUGCAUGCGUGUGUAAGUUGAAUCAUUGCAUGCAUGUGUAAGUUGAAUCAUUACAUGCUUGUGUAAGUUGAAUCAUUACAUGCGUGUGUAAGUUGAAUCAUUACAAGCGUGUGUAAUUUGAAUCAUUACAUGCUUGUGUAAGUUGAAUCAUUACAUGCGUGUGUAAGUUGAAUCAUUACAUACGUGUGUAAGUUGAAUCAUUACAUGCGUGUGUAAGUUGAAUCAUUACAUGCGUGUGUAAGUUGAAUCAUUACAUGCGUGUGUAAGUUGAAUCAUUACAUGCGUGUGUAAGUUGAAUCAUUACAUACGUGUGUAAGUUGAAUCAUCACAUGCGUGUGUAAGUUGAAUCAUUACAUGGGUGUGUAAGUUGAAUCAUUGCAUGCGUGUGUUAAUUGAAUCAUUACAUGCGUGUGUACGUUGAAUCAUUACAUGCGUGUGUAAGUUGAAUCAUAACAUGCGUGUGUAAGUUGAAUCAUUACAUGCGUGUGUAAGUUGAAUCAUUACGUGCGUGUGUAAGUUGAAUCAUUACGUGCAUGAGUAAGUUGAAUCAUUACGUGCGUGUGUAAGUUGAAUCAUUACAUGCGUGUGUAAGUUGAAUCAUUACGUGGGUCUGUAAGUUGAAUCAUUACGUGCGUGUGUAAGUUGAAUAAUUACAAACUUGUGUAAGGUGAAUCAUUACAUGCGUGUGUAAGUUGAAUCAUUACAUGCGUGUGUAAGUUGAAUCAUUACAUGGGUGUGUAAGUUGAAUCAUUGCAUGCGUGUGUAAGUUGAAUCAUUACAUGCGUGUGUACGUUGAAUCAUUACAUGCGUGUGUAAGUUGAAUCAUAACAUGCGUGUGUAAGUUGAAUCAUUACAUGCGUGUGUAAGUUGAAUCAUUACGUGCGGGUGUAAGUUGAAUCAUUACAUGCAUGUGUAAGUUGAAUCAUUACAUGCGUGUGUAAGUUGAAUCAUUACAUGCGUGUGUAAGUUGAAUCAUUACAUGCGUGUGUAAGUUGAAUCAUUACAUGCGUGUGUAAGUUGAAUCAUUACAUGCAUGUAUGGAAUAAAGUGAAUCAUUACAUGCGUAUUUAAAUUGAGACAUUACACGCAUGUAUAAGUUUAAUCAUUACAUUUGUGUUUAAAAUGAUCCUUAUAUGCGUGUAUAAGUUGAAUCAUUGCAAGCGUGUAUAAGAUGAAUAAUUACAUGCGUGUAGGUGUAUAUAUGUUUAAUAUAAAUGUGAGGUGACAGUAUGAGUUGGGCGUUAAUGUGUGUGCUGUAUUUAUGUGUUAGUUGUCAAUGUAUGUCAGUUGUCAAUCAGUAUAGUUGUCAAUGUGUGUUAGUUGUCAAUGUGUCUUAGUUGUCAAUGUGUGUUAGUUGUCAAUAUGUGUUAGUUGUCAAUGUGUGUUAGUUGUCAAUUUUUAUUAGUUGUCAAUGUGUGUCAGUUGUCAAUGAGUAUCAUUUGUCAAUGUGUCUUAGUUGUCAAUGUGUGUUAGCUGUCAAUGUGUUUAAGUUGUCAAUAUAAGUUAGUUGUUAAUGUUUGUGAGUUGUCAAUGUGUGUUAGUUAUCAAUGUGUGUGAGUUGUAAAUGUAUGUUAGUUGUCAAUGUGUGUUAGUUGUCAAUUUGUGUUAGUUGUCAAUGUUUGUUAGUUGUCAAUUUGUGUUAGUUGUCAAUGUGUGUUAGUUGUCAAUUAGUGUUGUAAAAUUUUGGGUGUUAGUUUUCAAUGUGUGUUAAUUAUCAAUUUGUGUUAGUUGUCAAUGUGUGUUAGUUAUCAAUUUGUGUUAGUUGUCAAUGUGUGUUAGUUGUCACUGUGUGACAGUUGUCAAUUUGUGUAAGUUUUCAAUGUGCGUGAGUUGUCAAUGUGUGUUAGUUGUCAAUGUGUGUGAGUUAUCAAUGUGUGUUAGUUGUCAAUGUGUAUUAGUUGUCAAUGUGUGUUAGUUGUCAAUUUGUUUGAGUUGUCAAUGUGUGUUAGUUGUCAAUGUGUGUUAGUUGUCAAUUUGUGUUAGUUGUCAAUGUGUGUGAGUUGUCGAUUUGAGUCAGUUGUCAAUGUGUGUGAGUUGUCAAUGUACGUUGGUUGUCAAUUUGUGUGAGUUGUCAAUUUGUGUAAGUUUUCACUGUGUGUGAGUUGUCAAUUAGGGUCAUGUGUCAAUGUAAGUGAGUUGUCAAUAUGCGUUAGUUGUCAAUUUUUAUGAUUUGUACAUUUGUGUUAGUUGUCAAUGUGUGUUAGUUGUCAAUUUGUGUUAGUUGUCAAUGUUUGUUAGUUGUCAAUUUGUGUUAGUUGUCAAUGUGUGUUAGUUGCCAAUAUGUUUUAUUUGUCAAAUUUUGGGUUUUAGUUUUCAAUGUGUGGGAGUUGUCAAGUGUAUUAUUUGUCAAUUCGUGUUAGUUGUCAAUGUGUGUUAGUUAUCAAUGUGUGUGAGUUGUCAAUGUGUGUGAGUUGUCAAUGUGUGUUAGUUGUCAAUUUGUGUUAGUUGUCAAUGUGUGUUAGUUGUCAAUGUCUGUUAGUUGUCAAUUAUGUUAGUUGUCAAUGUAUGUUAGUUGUCAAUGUGUCUAGUUGUCAAUGGGUGUGACUUGUCAAUGUGUGUUAGUUAUCAAUGUGUGUGAGUUGUCAAUGUGUGUUAGUUGUCAAUGUGUGUUAGUUGUCAAUGUGUGUUAGUUGUCAAUGUGCGUUAGUUAUCAAUUUGUGUUAGUUGUCAAUGUGUUUUAGUCGUCAAUGUGUGUUAGUUGUCAAUGUGUGUUAGUUGUCAAUGUGUGUUAUUUGUCAAUGUGUGUUAGUUGUCAAUGUGUAUUAGUUGUCAAUGUGUGUUAGUUAUCAAUUUGUGUUAGUUGUCUAUGUGUGUUAGUUGUCAUUGUGUGUGAGUUGUCAAUUAGGGUCAGGUGUCAAUAUAAGUGAGUUGUCAAUAUGCCUUAGUUGUUAAUUUUUAUGAGUUUUAAAUUUGUGUUAGUUGUCAAUGUGUGUUAGUUGUCAAUUUGUGUUAGUUGUCAAUGUUUGUUUGUUGUCAAUUUGUGUUAGUUGUCAAUGUGUGUUAGUUGCCAAUAUGUUUUAUUUGUCAAAUUUUGGGUUUUAGUUUUCAAUGUGUGGGAGUUGUCAAGUGUGUUAGUUGUCAAUUCGUGUUAGUUGUCAAUGUGUGUUAGUUGUCAAUUAGUGUUGUAAAAUUUUGGGUGUUAGUUUUCAAUGUGUGUUAGUUAUCAAUUUGUGUUAGUUGUAAAUGUGUGUUAGCUGUCACUGUGUGAUAGUUGUCAAUUUGUGAAAGUUGUCAAUGUGCGUGAGUUGUCAAUGUGUGUUAGUUGUCAAUGUGUGUGAGCUGUCAAUUUGUGUUAUUUGUCAAUGUGUGUGAGUUGUCAAUGUGUUUUAGUUGUCAAUGUGUGUGAGUUGUCAAUGUGUGUGAGUUGUCAAUGUGUGUUAGUUGUCAAUGUGUGUUAGUUGUCAAUGUGUGUUAGUUGUCAAUGUGUGUUAGUUGUCAAUGUGUGUUAGUUAUCAAUUUGUGUUAGUUGUCAAUAUGUCUAGUUGUCAAUGGGUGCGAGUUGUCAGUGUGUGUUAGUUAUCAAUGUGUGUGAGUUGUCAAUGUUAGUUAGUUGUCAAUGUGUGUUAGUUGUCAAUGUGCGUUAGUUAUCAAUUCGUGUUAGUUGUCAAUGUGUGUUAGUUGUCAAUGUGCGUUAGUUAUCAAUUCGUGUUAGUUUUCAAUGUGUGUUAUUUGUAAUCUGUGUUGGUUGUCAAUGUGUGUUAGUUGUCAAUGUGUGUUAGUUGUCAAUGUGUGUUAAUUAUCAAUUUGUGUUUGUUGUCAAUGUGUGUGAGUUGUCACUGUGUGUGAGUUGUUAUUUAGGGUCAGUUGUCAAUGUGUGUGAGUUGUCAAUAUGCGUUAGUUGUCAAUUAUUAUGAGUUGUCAAUUUGUGUUAGUUGUCAAUGUGUGUUUGUUAUCAAUGUGUGUGAGUUGUAAAUGUGUUUUAGUUGUCAAUGUAUGUUAGUUGUCAAUUUGUGUUAGUUGUCAAUGUUUGUUAGUUGUCAAUUUGUGUUAAGUGUCAAUGUGUGUUAGUUGUCAAUAUGUGUUAGUUGUCAAAUUUUCGGUGUUAGUUUUCAAUGUGUGUGAGUUGUCAAUGCGUGUUAGUUAUCAAUUUGUGUUAGUUGUCAAUGUUUGUUAGUUGUCAAUGUGUGUUGGUUGUCAAUGUGUGUUAGUUGUCUAUGUAUGUGAGUUGUCAAUGUGUGUUAGUUGUCAAUGUAUGUUAGUUGUCAAUGUGUUAGUUGAUAAUGUGUGUUAGUAUCAAUUGUGUUAGUUGUCAAUGUGUGUUAUUUGUCAAUGUGUGUUAGUUGUCAAUGUGUGUUAGUUGUCAAUGUGUGUUAGUUAUCAAUUUGUGUUAGUUGUCAAUGUGUGUUAGUUGUCUAUGUGUGUUAGUUAUCAAUUUGUGUUAGUUGUCAAUGUGUGUUAGUUGUCAAUGUAUGUGAGUUGUCAAUGUGUGUUAGUUGUCAAUGUGUGUUAAUUGUCAAUGUGUGUCAGUUGUCAAUGUGUGUUAGUUGUAAAUGUGUUGGUUGUUAAUGUGUGUUAGUUGUCAAUGUGUGUUAGUUGUCAAUGUGUGUUAGUUGUCAAUAUGUAUUAAUUGUCAAUAUGUGUUGGUUGUUAAAACAACACAAAAAAUGUUGAUAAUCCCCAACAAUUGUAUUAUUGACAAGUAUGGAUGUAAUGACGCCAUUAAAUUUAGACAAGUAUGGCAGUAAUGACGCCAUAAUAUUUAGACACGUAUGGAUGUAAUGACGACUUAAUAUUGAGACAAUUAUGGAUGUAAUGAAGCCUAAAUAUUUAGACAAGUAUGGCAGUAAUGAUGCCAUAAUAUUUAGACAAAUAUGGUAGUAAUGACGCCAUAAUAUUUAGACAAGUAUGGCAGUAAUGACCACUUAAUAUUUAGACAAGUAUGGCAGUAAUGACGACUUAAUAUUUAGACAAGUAUGGCAGUAAUGACGCCAUAAUAUUUAGACAAGUAUGGCAGUAAUGACAACUUAUUAUUUAGAAAAGUAUGCCAGUAAUGACGACUUAAUAUUUAGACAAGUAUGGCAAUAAUUACGAUUUAAUAUUUAGACAUGCAUGGUAGUAAUGAUACCAUAAUAUUUAGACAAGCAUGGCAGUAAUGAUGACUUAAUAUUUAGACAAGUAUGGCAGUAAUGACGGCUUAAUAUUUAGACAAGCAUGGCAGUAAUGACGACUUAAUAUUUAGACAAGUAUGGCAGUAAUGACGCCAUAAUAUUUAGACAAGCAUGGCAGUAACGACGACUUAAUAUUAAGACAAGCAUGGCAGUAAUGACGACUUAAUAUUUAGACAAGCAUGGCAGUAAUGACGAAACUAAUAUUUAGAUAAUAAUAGCAGUUAUGAUGACCUAACAUUUAGAAAAUUAUAGCAGCAAGGAUGACUAAAUAUUUAAACAUGUAAGGCAGUAAUGACGUUCUAACAUUUACACAAGUACGGCAGUAAUGACGUUCUAACAUUUACACAAGUACGGCGGUAAUGACGGUCUAUUAUUUACACAAGUACGCAGUAAUGUCACCCUAACAUUUAAAACUAAAACUGAAAUGUCACAUUAAGAAAUGGCGUCCGCGGGCCGUUGAACUAAUGCUUUUUAUGCCCUCCCCAAAGCACCCCCCCCCCUAAGCCCGGUAUCGGAAACACGAAGGGGAACGUUGGAGAUGUCCCUUUGUCAGGACAGCCCCCACCCGAGUCCACUCGAUCGGGUUCCUCUGAGGACCGUCCUAGCCCAAAGAUACCCGGUCUGUCCGACACUUUGUUUCCACACAGUGCAGACGAUCGACAUUCUUAGGAGUCAGGAUGGUAAAAUUCACGUCCUAAUAUCUUCCCCCACCCAUUCCAGGGAAGCAUGAGAUGCCCUUUAAGAGGGUUUAUACAGUGGGUUUCCACGCCGCAACUAGUUUGCCAAGUAGCUGGGACGAAACGGUUGCUUGAAACAUUUUCUCAAGGCUGCAUAGUAAGAAUCAUCGUCUAGCAGUUACCACCUUCACCUCUAGCCUCAUAUCCUUUAACGGCUACCUGUAUUCAUGAUCUCUACCCUGUCUCUGCCUUUACUUCCAAUUGUGGGCAGCUUUGUAGGCGCUGUUUUAUGUACGGCUGGUACCGUGCACGUCUCUUGUCUGACCACGCAGGACGCGCAGCAGUGGUCUUGUUCCCCGGGUAACGCCGAGGGUAUCGGUGGCCGGCGCAUACUAAUCGGCAGGCCACCACAGACUUGUCGACCGGAUCCCAAAGGGGGAAAACUAUCACUGAAAUAUUACAUUAACUGUAAGGGACCGAGAUAUUGCUCUUUAGAGGCCCCGGGAAGUAUGGAACAGGCGUGGCUCAUCUGCUGGGCAGUCCCGUAAAACAGGCUUUCGUCGUGGUUGACUUGGAGCACCCCAGUCACGCCAGUCGCUAAUGUCCAGCACUCGGCGAGAAGGCGCCCUACUGUCUGCGGCGCCUGUCCAUAAUGGCGGCAGCUCGGGUCCUGCAGUGGGAGCAACCCUUUAGGUGGCUCCUGGUAGGACAAUGCUCUGUUCUCAUCUGGGUGAUGAUACUCUGCUGGUGGCGUUUGAGACUCCACCAUAGUUCGCCCUUGAGGUUUGAUUUUUGCAUGCUCCGGUAAAGUUUUCAGGCAGUGGUACCCUGUUCCCAUUCUUUAAUCCAUUCCUCAUGGAAGAGGUCCUUAAUCCAGGCCUUGACCCUCAGUUGGGUCAUUGGUCGGUUAGGUUGAGGCUGGGAAGAGCCCUGCCUCGCCAAAUGAAGACUAACACUAAACAUUUUGACUCUUCAUAAAGACAGUGGCUUUUCUUUCUUAUUUCCCCCAAGAUGCCAGAAAGUUUGCCACGUUUCUCUUCUGGGCGCUCGCCUUCUCUUUAAACACCAUGACAUUGGUUCAGUUGUUGUCUCUGUGUAUCACACUGCUGCGUCAGAAUAGGAUCUUCGCACUGGUCUACAUUCUUGAAGGUAAGUCACAAUAGGUGAUAAAUAUAAUACGCAGUAGUAGGUUAUGUAUAGUACACACUGUUAGGUGAUAUGUACAGUACACGCUGAUAAGUCUUAUUAUAUUACGCACUAUUAGGUGAAACGUAUUGUCCACAAUAAUAGAUGAUGUUAAUAGUACGCACUAAUAGGUGAUAUGCAUACUAUACACUAUGUAGUGAUACGUUUUAUUCACUAAAAUAGGUGACACUAUACCAGGGUUAUUUGUAUUCUGACACCUUGCAACCCAGGGCUAUUGGAAGUCUGACCACCUUCCAAACCAGUGCUAUUUGUAGUCUGACACCUUCCCACCCAGGGCUAUUUGUAGUCUGAGACCUUCCAACCCAAGACUAUUUGUAGUUUGAUACCUUCCAACCCAAUGCUAUUUCCCAUCGGAUACCUUAUAACACAGGGCUAUUUCUUGUCAGAUACUUUCCAACCCAAGACUAUUUGUAGUCUGAUAUCUUCCAACCCAGGCUAUUUGUAGUCUGACAGCCUCCAACCCAGGACUAUUUGUAGUCUGAUAUCUUCCAACCCAAGGCUAUUUCUUGUCUGAUACCUUCCAACCCAGGACUAUUUGUAGUCUAAUACCUUCCAACCCUGCACUUUUUGUAGUCUGAUAUCUUCCAACCCAAGGCUAUUUCUUCUCUGAUACCUUCCAACCCAGUACUAUUUGUAGUCUAAUACCUUCCAACCCUGCACUUUUUGUAGUCUGACAUCUUCCAACCCAAGGCUAUUUCUUGUCUGAUACCUUCCAACCCAGGGCUAUUUGUAGUCUGAUACCUUCCAACCCAGGGCUAUUUGUAAUCUCACCACCUUACAACCCCGGGAUGUUUGAUAAUUCAUUGCUCUUGUGUCAUUGGUGUCAUCCAAUGUCAUCAAUAUCAUUAAAUUUCACCCAGUUGAAAAAUAUAAAACAUGCGAUAAAUGUAGUUGAUUGUUUUCAGCGGUCGCGGGUCUAGUUAUCCUGGCUGUGUACCCGACAUUGAUAACAGUACCGGAAAAAACUGGCUUCAGAGAAGUUAGGUAAAAAUAAAUUGUGUAUGCAUGAUUUAGAAAUGUUAGAUGAAAAAUUUGUAUGUAUGACUUAGAGAAAUUGGGUAGUGAUUAAGCAUUUGAAUACUCCAUGUUUUACCUUGAUGUCUAUAGUCAAGGCUAUGGCUACUACGCCAUGUCUUACCUUGAUGCCCCUAGUCAAGGCUAUGGCUACUACGCAAUGUGUUACCUUGAUGUCUAUAGUCUAGGCAAUGGCUACUACGCCAUGUGUUACCUUGAUGUCUAUAGUCUAGGCAAUGGCUACUACGCCACGUGUUACCUUGAUGUCUAUAGUCUAGGCAAUGGCUACUACGCCAUGUGUUACCUUGAUGUCUAUAGUCUAGGCCAGGCUUUAUCAAAGUUUUAAGUUUCACGGACCGGUUGAACAGUUUUGAAACUGCACCAUGGACCGGUGACCGAUUUAUUGAUUACAUUUCUUUAUAUUUAAAAAUUAAUAUUCAUGCUCUCUGGACCGGUAACGUAAGGCUUGUGGACCAGUGCCGGUCCACGGACCACCGUUUGGGUAACGAUGGUCUAGGCUAUGGCUACUACACCAUGUGUUACCUUGAUGUCCACAGUCUAGGCUAUGGCUACUACGCCAUGUGUGUCGGCACCGUCCUGUUGGGAGCGACUGCUGGACAAUGUCUGUCCAUUGAUGACAAGUCGUACCCGAGCAUCUAACAUCACCAAUGGCUUCAGGUAAAUUUAGCUGACGUUCUCUUCAAUGGCCCGAAAAGUGGAAUGAAAGGAUUGACAGGAGAAGAUGUGUUUUAUGUAUCAGUUGUGACAAAUGUGAAGUCAUUCAUGUAAGACCUUCAUGGAAGUCAUUCAUGAAGGCGUUCAUAUUGACAUUCAUGGAAGUUAUUUAUUUAGUCAUUUAAAGAGUCAUUUAUAGAAGUCAUUUAUGGAGGUGAUUCACGGAGUCAUUCAUGUAGUCCUUCAUGACGUAAAUCAUUGAGUAGUUCAUUGAGUCACUCAUGUCGUUAUUCAUGGAUUCAUUCAUGUAGUCAUUCAUAGAGUCAUUCAUAGAGUCAUUCAUGUAGUCAUUCAUAGAGUCAGUUAGCCAAAAUUGAGCCCGAAAGGUGAAAUAUCAUUAUCCAUCUUCUAUGCCUUACGUUUACCUGUCAAACAUUUAUGAAAAUAAAACUGAGAUGAUCAUUUUGGAGGUUUCUGAAACGUGUGUGAAGAUAUUUGGCCUCGCUCUUAAAGAUAAGAGCCACCUGGGAAAUGACGUGCUAAAAUGGUUAAGUUAACUAACGUACCGUUACCCAUGAACAUCGUAUGUCAAAAUCAUGUGGGAGCGAUUUAAACCAAGCUAAAAUGCCAACUCUCAGCAGAUCGUCCCACCAUCUGGUUAUUCUUGUAUCUUGAAGAAAACCAAGUCUUAGAGUCAUGGCUCAAGACUUCCAGUGGUAAAUACGAAAUCAAAGUUUUAGAGUCAUGGCUUAAGACUUCCAGUGGUGAAUACGAAAUCCAAAUCUUAGAGUCAUUGGUCAAGACUUACAGUGGCGAAUACGAAAUCCAAGUUUUAGAUUCAUGGCUCAAGACUUCAAGAGGCGAAUACGAAAUCCAAGUCUUUGAGUCAUUGCUCAAGACUUACAUUGGUGAAUACGAAAUCCAAUUCUUAGAUUCAUGGCUCAAGACUUCCAGUGGCGAAUAAGAAAUCAAAGUCUUUGAGUCAUUGCUCAAGACUUACAUUGGUGAAUACGAAAUCCAAUUCUUAGAUUCAUGGCUCAAGACUUCAAGAGGCGAAUACGAAAUCCAAGUCUUUGAGUCAUUGCUCAAGACUUUCAUUGGUGAAUACGAAAUCCAAUUCUUAGAUUCAUGGCUCAAGACUUCCAGUUGCGAAUAAGAAAUCAAAGUCUUAGAGUCAUGGCUCAAAACUUCCAGUGGCGAAUAAGAAAUACAAGUCUCAGAGUCAUGGCUCAAGACUUCCAGUGGUGAAUACGAAAUCCAAGUCUUAGAGUCAUGGCUCAAGACUUCCAGUGGUGAAUAGAAAUCCAAGUCUUAGAGUCAUGCCUGCAGACUUCCAGUGUUGAAUACGAAAUCCUAGUCUUUGAGUCAUGGCUCAAGACUGUCAUGUCUGCAGACUUCCAGUGGCGAAUACGAAAUCCAAGUUUUGUGUCAUGGCUGAAGACACAGUGGUGUUUACCAAAUCCACGCCUUAGAGUGAUGCCUGAAGACACCAGUGGUAUCUAGCAAAACUAAGUCAUAUAGUCAUGCCUGAAGACACCAGUGGUAUCUAGCAAAACUAAGUCAUAUAGUCAUGCCUGAAGACACCAGUGGUAUCUAGCAAAACUAAGUCAUAUAGUCAUGCCUGAAGACACCAUUGGUGUUUACAAGAUCCAAGUCUUAGAGUACUGUCUGAAUAUGUCCAGUGGUGCUGACCGAAUCAAAGUCUUUACACAGAGGUAACCAUUUACUGUGUUAAAAAAUGCGCACCUUGACUUUUAAAAAAAUACUAUUAUUAUCUCUGAUCAUUUUCUUGACGGUGCAUACCGUGCUUUUGUGUACGCACUUAUAUGCGUGACGUGCCAGACAAUAACAACAUGGUGAUUAAUUCACCAGAGAUCUAAUGAACGACAGAUGGAAGCUAAUACGAAAUGACUUCUUUCAACCAUGUCACGUCAGUUAGCUGUUUGUUUAACCAGAUGGCUUUGUCGCGGGUGUACGUCUGAAAUCUUGGUGACCUCUAGAUGUACAUCAGUUGAACAUUCAUUAUCGUUAACAGAGUUUGCCCGUCCCGCAGCCUCCAGGAGAACAGGGGAUUAGCGUUUCUGUACCUAUUCCCUAACAGGAACGCAGUCCCCGUUAGCAGUCAAUUAGCGGCUCUUUAAAAUUAAGGGUUAACUGUAUUUGAUAAAAAAAAGAAAAAAAGGUGGGUAGGGGGGGGGGGUUGAACCCCUCCCGACACUUUCCCCACAUGAUUGAAUCACUGAUUGCAUAAACCUUAAAAUCACCAAAGCAACUCAUUAUGUGGGUAUGAAGGAACGCGUUCCUUCAUUGAUAUCAUCAAUUCUCUUAAAAUGUUAAACAACGUAAAAGUAAAACCUUUUACCCGCCAUCUUGUGACUCGGGAUUCAAAACAUGAUUUACGGUCAGUUCAUGGAUGUUAAAAAGAGGAUUUAUAAACCUGAGACCGCUACACAGGGCGAGAUUCUCUUUAGGGCGUGUUUUCCAAUGUAUAGAGGGCUCCCGCCAGGUGCUCAAGAGGUUUCAAAAUACUACUGUCUGCGUUUGACUGGCAGUUUAGUAAAAGUUAUUUUUGUAUCAGCUGAUAAUGAACAUGGUCAAACAUAAAAUGACAAGGUCUUCCUGUGACCAUCGCACAGUCUACAGUAAGCCAAGGGUUCCAAAGCUCCAGAUUUUUAGUUGAGAUUUGAGCUGGUACCAGGACUGGUUGAUAGGUUGUAGUACCAGGACACUUUGAUGGGUUGUAGUACCAGGACAGUUUGAUGGGUUGUAGUACAGGACAGUUGGAUGGGUUGUAGUACCAAGACAGUUGGAUGGGUUGUAGUACAGGACAGUUGGAUGGGUUGUAGUACAGGACAGUUGGAUGGGUUGUAGUACAGGACAGUUGGAUGGGUUGUAGUACAGGACAGUUUGAUGGUUUGUAGUACCAGGACAUUUUGAUGGGUUGUAGUACAUGACAGUUUGAUGGUUUGUAGUACCAGGACAGUUUGAUGGGUUGUAGUACAAGACAGUUGGAUGGGUUGUAGUACAGGACAGAUUGAUGGGUUGUAGUACCAGGACAGUUUGAUGGGUUAUAGUACCAGGACAGUUUGAUGGGUUGUAGUACAGGACAGUUUGAUGGGUUGUUGUACAGGACAGUUUGAUGGGUUGUAGUACAGGACAGUUUGAUGGGUUGUAGUACAGAACAGUUUGAUGGGUUGUAGUACAGGACAGUUUAAUGAGUUGUAGUACAGGACAGUUGGAUGGGUUGUAGUACAGGACAGUUGGAUGGGUUGUAGUACAUGACAGUUGGAUGGGUUGUAGUACUAGGACAGUUGGAUGGGUUGUAGUACAGGACAGUUGGAUGGGUUGUAGUACCAAGACAGUUGGAUGGGUUGUAGUACAGGACAGUUUAAUGAGUUGUAGUAUAGGACAGUUUAGUUUGGUGGGUUGUAGUACCAGGACAGUUUGGUGGGUUGUAGUACCGGGACAGUUGGAUGGGUUGUAGUACCAGGACAGUUUGAUGGGUUUAAGUACCAGGACAGUUUGAUGGGUUGUAGUACAGGACAGUUUGAUGGGUUGUAGUACAGGACAGUUGGAUGGGUUGUAGUACCAAGACAGUUGGAUGGGUUGUAGUACAGGACAGUUGGAUGGGUUGUAGUACAGGACAGUUGGAUGGGUUGUAGUACAGGACAGUUUAAUGAGUUGUAGUAUAGGACAGUUUAGUUUGGUGGGUUGUAGUACCAGGACAGUUUGGUGGGUUGUAGUACCGGGACAGUUGGAUGGGUUGUAGUACCAGGACAGUUUGAUGGGUUUAAGUACCAGGACAGUUUGAUGGGUUGUAGUACAGGACAGUUUGAUGGGUUUUAGUACCAGAACAGUUUGAUGGGUUGUAGUACCAGGACAGUUUGAUGGGUUGUAGUACAGGACAGUUUGAUGGUUUGUAGUAACAGGACAGUUUGAUGGGUUGUAGUACAGGACAGUUUGAUGGGUUGUAGUACCAGGACAGUUGGAUGGGUUGUAGUACCAGGACAGAUUGAUGGGUUGAGGUACCAGGACAGUUGGAUGGGUUAUAGUACCAGGACAGUUUCAUGGGUUGUAGUACCAGGACAGUUUGAUGGGUUAUAGUACCAGGACAGUUUCAUGGGUUGUAGUACCAGGACAGUUUGAUGGGUUGCAGCACCAGGACAGUUUGGUGGGUUGUAGUACCAGGACAGUUUGAUUGGAUUGUUAUACCAGGACAGUUUGAUGGGUUGUAUUACUAGGCCAGCUUCAUGGGUUUUAUCAUAAACUGUUUCACUUUCUUGUGUCCAUCCCACAGUAUACAGUGAGCCAUGGGUUCCAAGCUCCAGAUAUUUAGUUGAGAUUUGAGCUGGUACCAGGCUAGCUGGAUGGGUUGUUUCAUAAACUUUUGCACUUUCCUGGUCAUCAUUUUCCUGAUGGCCGGGAUGUGGGCCAGCGUUCUUAACCCUUUCUGGAUUCACGUAUCAUAUGUAAGAAAAAUGUGUAUGUAUGUGUAAGCAAACUACGAUGUUUAUGUAAGCAAACUUAGUAUGUAGUAUGGACACAUCAUUUUGGCCUCUGACGUCAUGUUCUUGUUAAACUUUCAGCACCGUACAAUGUUUAUUUUUAUUUCCAGCACAAAUAUCAUGUUAGCAAAUGGUUUUAAGCUCCAAUGCCAUGUUUGUGUAUACUUUUACGCUUCAAUGUCAUGUUUUUAUAUCAUUUUAAGCACUAAUCUCAUGUUUGUGUAUUAUAUCAAACACCAAUACCAUGUUUGUUCAAACAUUCUUCCAUCAGGUCCAAGGUAAAAUGGAACAUUACGAGGGAAUUUUCUUAAUAUGCAAGAACAAAAAAUGUCAAAAAAUUGAUGCUAAAACUGGUAAGGCAAUCAAAUUUCUGAAAUUAUUUGUAAGAGUUUUUCACAAUUUUGACUCUUAUCUAAGUGAAUAAGAUAGAAUCUAACAAUAUUGGCAUUUACCUGUGUAAAUAACAUAUAAUCUAACAAUAUUGGCAUUUACCCGUGUAAAUAAGAUAUAACAAUAUUGGCGCUUAACUGAGUAAAUAAGAUAGAAACAAAGAUAAAUAAGACAAAAACUUGAUAUCAAAGAAUUAGAUUACAAUGCAGCCAUUCAUUAACAUUGGACCGCAACGAUUGUGUAUCCUUAGAAUUUUGGUGUAGGCUUAGGAAAACAGAAAUAAUCGUUGACUAAAAAACUAAUUAAAUCUAUAUUUGAGUAUAUGGGUUUGGGCUUACAAGAGACAUUUUUGUAUCUUGAAGUUUAAAAGUAAGUGGCCAACCAUUUAGUACGUAGGCAAAAAAAAUAGAUUUUUUCACCCCCCCCCCCCUUUUUCUACCAUUCUUGCAUCCAUACUUUUUUGGAUACUCCGCCAAUUGUACAUAGAAAAAGCUUUUGGAACACUCACCCCGCCCCCCCCCUCCCCCAAAACCCACAAAUAAAAUAAAAUAAUUUAUAAUAAUUUAUAAUAAUUUAUACAUGAUUAUGACAUAAUAUAAAAUUGUUUAAAACACGUGUCACGGGUUUACGCUGCCGACUGUUCUUCCAGCCCAGUGGUUCUUAUAACAUGCACCGCGUCACACUGGGUGCCACGUUGCCCUCAGGGCGAGCUAUGAGAUUGGGUUUCAGAGGGCGGUCACACUGGGAGCCAACAUCAUGGGCUACUCAAUCGGACUCCUAUGCUUGAGAAAGGGGACGACGACACUUUUUCCCAUAAAUUAAAAGACAUCAUUUCCUGGCUGCGCCCCAGGUGCCACAUUUCCUCGGCAUGCCCCAGUCCCGGGUGGCUUCAGCUUCCUUACAGGGGCGCCACGAAACAUGACACACUUUUCAUAAUUGUAACGCCACUUUGAACUUAUCGUGACACCCAGCGGUGUUGGAGGAAACAGUAUUUCAUUUGAGUAACCAUUGUUUGUAGUGUGUCUCGUGAAAACCUAAAUUUGGCAAGGGCGCUAGAAAUUAAAAAAAAAAAUUAGGAACCACGGACGUUGCCCUGGGGGGGGGGGAGGGGGUGUAUACCUCACACACACGUUGUACAUACGACGGUGGACGAAAUAUUACUGUAAUACUGCUACUACUGAGAACCUGUUAAGCGACAUCUAGCGAGUUCAUUUGUUAAACCACAAGGCAACUUUAUGACGAUCAUUCCUGCAAUGCUUUCAGAGAUUUGUGAUGAUUAUUGUAGGAAUUUUGAAUAAAUGUAACUACCCUCUGCCAUGACACCCCUCAACCUGACUCCCCCCCCCCCGUGCAUAUGAACUAUAUAGAGGGCUCCUAGAUUGUGUUGCCCCCAAAAUGCAUGUUUCUAUAAUUAGACGUUAAAUUAUUAUGCUUUAACUCCCCCCCCUCCCGUGCAUAUGAACUAUAUAGAGGGCUCCUAGAUUGUGUUGCCCCCAAAAUGCAUGUUUCUAUAAUUAGACGUUAAAUUAUUAUGCUUUGUCUAAAAAAAAAAGCUUUUCGAUCCUUAGUGUAUAUAUUGUGUUGGCUCACUAGUCACAGAAGAUGUUUCUCUCCUUAGAGCAUAUUAUGUUGGCUCAAAGAAGAUGUUUCUCUCCUUAGAGCAUAUUAUGUUGGCUCAAAGAAGAUGUUUCUCUCCUUAGAACAUAUUAUGUUAGCUCAAAGAAGAUGUUUCUCUUCUUAGUGUAUAUUGUGUUGGCUCAAAGAAGAUGUUUCUCUUCUUAGAGUAUAUUGUGUUGGCUCAAAGAAGAUGUUUCUCUUCUUAGAGUAUAUUAUGUUGGCUCACAGAAGAUGUUUCUCUCCCCAGAGUAUAUUAUGUUGGCUCACAGAAGAUGUUUCUCUCCCCAGAGUACAUUAUGUUGGUUCAAAGAAGAUGUUUCUCUUCUUAGAGUAUAUUGUGUUGGCUCAAAGAAGAUGUUUCUUAUCUUAGAGUAUAUUAUGUUGGCUCACAGAAGAUGUUUCUCUCCUCAGAGUAUAUUGUGUUGGCUCACAGAAGAUGUUUCUCUCCUCAGAGUAUAUUGUGUUGGCUCACAGAAGAUGUUUCUCUCCUUAGAGCAUAUUAUGUUGGCUCACAGAAGAUGUUUCUCUCCUCAGAGUAUAUUGUGUUGGCUCACCUGACGCUAUGGACAACUUGGGUUGGGAUGCACACCUUGCUGAUUGUAGAGUUCCUUUCCUUGUACAUUCCUUGCUUACGGUGGCCCAAACUGUUCUCAUUUGCCUACUUCCUAGCAGGUGAGCGGAUCAAGCAGACCUGAUACAUGAUAGACGUAAGAUUAACGUAGGGAAACGUAGAUAAAGCUUGAUAGUUCCAGAGUGAGAACAAGAUAAACUUUGGCAGCCCUACAGUAGUGAUCGGCAAAUCAUGGCUCGCGAGUCGCAUGCGGCUCUUUAGCGAACUGAGUGCGGCUCGGGCAGUCGGCAAAAAAUCAGUUUUGACUCAGAAAAACAGGGUUCUUGACAAGAAAUUUGGCUAUCAAAAUUUUUUUAAAUCGUCCUGCUGCUGAUUUUUGUCUUUUUUGACUAAUGAGUGUGCCGGCCACUGAGCUAAACUGCCUUAAUAUGACGGCUAGUUCUGGUGAAUAUUGUAAAUAUUUUUUACUUUUUCUCGCAUAAACGUGUUUUAUUAUAUGAUGAUAAUAUAUCAAUAAUUAGUUAUCUUGUGAUCAUUAUUUCGAAUACAUGUCAAAUGGAGAACAGUCUCUUACUAAAUGAUAAAUACCAGUCGACGAGUGAUAAUGACAGUGACGUCAUGUCCUGUUUAUUUUCAGCCUGUGCGUUCAUUUAUAUCCUAAUCAUUUACCCCUGGAAGAUCCGAACCCCGGGGAAAACAGUCUUUACAGAAUCGAGGUAAGUGUCCUUGACCCGAGGUAGACAUUAGAGGAGUUGGUGAGGGGUAGCGAAUGGCGCCAAGAGGGAAGUGGUCGAAGAGGGUGAUCAUGGGGAGGUUGAACAUGGGGUGGUGUGACAUAAGAAGGGGGGAAGAAGGUGAUCUUUAGAGGCGGGAGGUUGAACAUGUGUGUUGGGCUACAUGAGAAGGGGGGAGGAGUGGGCUGGCCUAUAAAAGUCAUGCUAGUUAAGUGGGAUCCGUUAGGUUGUGGUAGUAGGUAGGUUUAAGAGUUGAGGAGCAUUGAUGAGGAGAAUGAAGGGUAAACUGACAGGAUGAGUUGGGAGGGGCUAUCAUUUUGUUUAAAAUCCGUGGGACGCCCAAUAGAACUUAGCUUUAGUGCAGAGAUUGGCAUUCUAUUGUCAACCGCAAUUUCUAUUAAUUAUAGCUGUUAAGAAAGUAUUUUGGGAGUCAUUUGCGUACUAGUUUAGUAAAAGAGAGCCCAACUAUGUCGCUUAAGAGCCGAAUUUUGCUGGGCACUGUCUUCCUGAAAAUUAUAUCUAUGUCCUCUAUGUUGCCAAAGAAGCACAUUUUUCCGGGCUCUGUCUUCCUGAAAAGUCCCUCUUUGUCCUCAAUGUUGCCAAAGAGGCACAUUUUGCGGAGCACUGUAUUCCUGAAAAGCCCCUCUUUGUCCUCAAUGUUGUCAAAGAGGCACCCUUUGUUACUACAUAGACAUCUAUAUCACCAUUUGUUACUACAUAGGCAUCUAUAUCACCCUUUGUUACUACAUAGACAUCUAUAUCACCAUUUAUUACUACAUAGACAUCUAUAUCACCAUUUGCUACUACACAGACAUCUAUAUCACCAUUUGUAAUAACAUAGACAUCUAUAUCACCAUUUGUUACUACAUAGACAUCUAUAUCACCAUUUGUUACUACAUAGGCAUCUAUAUCACCAUUUGUUACUACAUAGGCAUCUAUAUCACCAUUUGUUACUACAUAGGCAUCUAUAUCACCAUUUGUUACUACAUAGGCAUCUAUAUCACCCUUUGUUACUACAUAGACAUCUAUAUCACCAUUUGUUACUACAUAGACAUCUAUAUCACCAUUUGUUACUACAUAGGCAUCUACAUCACCAUUUGUUACUACAUAGGCAUCUAUAUCACCAUUUGUUACUACAUAGGCAUCUAUAUCACCAUUUGUUACUACAUAGGCAUCUAUGUCACCAUUUGUUACUACAUAGGCAUCUAUAUCACCAUUUGUUACUACAUAGGCAUCUAUAUCACCAUUUGUUACUACAUAGACAUCUAUAUCACCAUUUGUUACUACACAGACAUCUAUAUCACCAUUUGUAAUAACAUAGACAUCUAUAUCACCAUUUGUUACUACAUAGACAUCUAUAUCACCAUUUGUUACUACAUAGGCAUCUAUAUCACCAUUUGUUACUACAUACUACACAGACAUCUAUAUCACCAUUUGUAAUAACAUAGACAUCUAUAUCACCAUUUGUUACUACAUAGACAUCUAUAUCACCAUUUGUUACUACAUAGGCAUCUAUAUCACCAUUUGUUACUACAUAGGCAUCUAUAUCACCAUUUGUUACUACAUAGGCAUCUAUAUCACCAUUUGUUACUACAUAGGCAUCUAUAUCACCAUUUGUUACUACAUAGACAUCUAUAUCACCAUUUGUUACUACACAGACAUCUAUAUCACCAUUUGUAAUAACAUAGACAUCUAUAUCACCAUUUGUUACUACAUAGACAUCUAUAUCACCAUUUGUUACUACAUAGGCAUCUAUAUCACCAUUUGUUACUACAUAGGCAUCUAUAUCACCAUUUGUUACUACAUAGGCAUCUAUAUCACCAUUUGUUACUACAUAGGCAUCUAUAUCACCCUUUGUUACUACAUAGACAUCUAUAUCACCAUUUGUUACUACAUAGACAUCUAUAUCACCAUUUGUUACUACAUAGGCAUCUACAUCACCAUUUGUUACUACAUAGGCAUCUAUAUCACCAUUUGUUACUACAUAGGCAUCUAUAUCACCAUUUGUUACUACAUAGGCAUCUAUAUCACCCUUUGUUACUACAUAGGCAUCUAUAUCACCAUUUGUUACUACAUAGACAUCUAUAUCACCAUUUGUUACUACAUAGGCAUCUAUAUCACCCUUUGUUACUACAUAGGCAUCUAUAUCACCAUUUGUUACUACAUAGACAUCUAUAUCACCAUUUGUUUCCGCCUCACAGUCUGAGCUACGGCUACUAUGCAUGUUUGUUGACUACGAUAUUAAUGAUCCUUGCAUCCUGUCUUUGCUACCCCCUGGAUGAGGAUACCUACCCUUGUGGGUCGUAGCUGUGCUCAACAAUUCGACAGUGCUACGCUAAAGCCCGAUGUACCACAUCAGCCCUAUACUCCCGAGACUACACUGUUUAGUGUUUAAACAAUCCAUUAACAAUCAGACCUUUUGUGCUACAACGGACCUAUUGCGCUACAGCAUUAUAGACUUACAUAAAGGCAAGAACUUUAAGGUCCUAAAUAGAAUUAUGUUUGAUUACUGUGUACUUAUUAAUUAUCAGCAUGUUACAUAAAAACUUAGACUGUAAACAUUCGGACUAUGACAACACUUUUAAGACAUGACAACAAUAACUUGAUUUUCUCAGAGUUUUUGUUGAGAGAGUGUUUUUAACCAUGGAGGGGUCACACUUUACAACCAAGAAGUCCUGCAUUUUUUUCGUCCUGGUCACAUUUUAAUAUUUAAAUAAUGCUUUAGAAUGUAUACAAUUUUUAUAUUUAAUAAUAAUAAUGGGUUAAUUAACUUUAUUUUCCAGAACCCGGAAGCUGUCAUCAAGAGAUCUGUAGAUAGGGACGAAUGAAAAGUUGUUGCAGAAGUGGAAUAUUAAAAAAAAGAAAUCUGUGUUAGUUGUUCGAAUCUAACAUCAAAGAAACGCAAUUUGAUCGCCUUCCAACGAAUUCUUCCUAUUUACUGUUACAGUUUAAUGUUCAACGAUUUGAAACAGAAAUACAUCUACAAAAUAAAAUAUAAAGCAUAUAAUGUUUUGCUUAAAAAGUAAUGGAAACGAGUUUUAAAAAAAGAAAAUUUGAUGAAUAAUUUUUAAAAAGAAUGUACAUAAAGGUUAUAAAAACAUGAAAAAAGACCAGAA